AUGUUCUCUCUGAAUGGUAUGUGUCGCGCUGGACGAAUUUUGCGAAAUAUAUUCGUGAAGAAACAUUCCACCGGUUUAUCUGGAUCCAAAACUACGCGAGAUGAACCACUAUUUCCCAACUGCUCCGGUGCCGGAACCGACCCACCAUCGGGUUAUCAGCAAGAGGAGCCACGACAAUACUCCAGGAUCGACGAGAAUUCAGCAACUGGCUCGUACUCGGACCUUCAGGCUCUUCAGGGAUCGGAAUGUCCAGAGGAGCGUGGCGAGCCCAUCAAUGUGUUUCCCUCCCUCCCUUUCGAGAACGAUGGACCGAGAACCCCAGGGGUGUGCCAAAAUCUGGAUCAAUUCGAUUUUGUAUACGACAUAAUCGUACAGUCUCCCAUGGGAUCCAAACUCCGGCGACGUCUUACCCUCAAAUUUGAUGCGGAUGUCAAUAUCAUGUCGGACGAUAUGCAACAUAGACUGGGUACUGAGCUAAGACCCUAUCACGGAGGCCCCAUUUCAAUAACGGGACAGUCGCACAUGAUCCCUCUCGGAACUGUUGGUGUUUCAUGGACAUUUUGUGGACAGACCAGGAUUUACAAAACCGAUUUCUAUGUUGUUCCGGAUAUGACCUAUGAUUUUCUCAUUGGCAGGCCAUCAAUACGCAGUCACGAGCUGUAUCGAGUGGACCCAGAAAUCACCAGACGGUUGAACACAUCUUACCAGGGGCAAAAUGAUACCUAG